AUGUCUUCUUCGUCGCCCCAAGCUCGCGUUUCCGUCCGAAGCACGACCGCUAGCGGCUCGUCCGUCUACGAGUCCGACCGCGCCGUGCACGAAUACAUCCAGUUCCACUACGAGGAACCGUCGACGGUGGUUCCUUACAGUUUCGCACCUCUGGACGCACUACAAUUCCUUCCGCGAACGGCGGAGCGAUGUGCCAAGCUGACGCCUUCAACACACCAUUGCCGCGCCUUGGACAUCGGCUGUGCCGUGGGCCGUGCCACAUUUGAGCUCAGCAAGUACUAUGCCGAGGCCGUGGGCAUCGACUUUUCGCAACACUUUGUUGAUGCCGCUAAGCAGAUGAAGGACAAGGGCGAAAUGGAGUACGCGGCGCACAUCCAGGGAGACAUUCAAGAGAUUCGUCUUGCGAAGCUACCCCAGGGUGUCAAGCAGGCCAAUGUCGUGUUCCAACAAGGAGAUGCGUGCAAUCUUUCCCCAACGCUAGGCACAUUCGACGCAGUGUUUGCUUCCAACCUGUUGUGCCGCCUUCCGGAACCUAAGAAAUUUUUGAUGGAAAUUGGCGGGUUUAUCAACUCAGGCGGCAUUUUCGCCCUCGUGAGUCCAUACUCGUGGUUGGAGGAGUACACGAGCAAGAACAAGUGGAUUGGUGGCGUGCGCGACGCAGAGGGUAAGCCUGUCGAUAGCUUCAGCCUCAUCGAGAAGAUUCUCUCGCAUGACUUUGAGUUAAUUGAGCGCCAAGACUAUCCGUUCAUGAUUCGCGAGCAUGAGCGUAAAUACCAGUGGGGCGUGUCCGAUGGCACCUACUGGAAGCGCAAUAGUAAGCGGUACCCGAGUCAAGACUUCAAAAACACAUCACGUCGCACCCGUGAAAAUGAAGAUCGUGCAGGCAAAAGUAACCACUUUGACUAA